UCUCUCGAGUCAUCUCGCCCCAUCAUGGCACCAAGUCUGUCCUCCAAACGUGCCUCCACCCGCUUCAGCACCUACAGCAUGGCCCCCUCGGUCGCCAACACCGUCAAGACCUCCCUCUCCUCCGCCUCCGCACAGCAAGAAAUCAAGGACAUCGAGGAGGGGCUCGAGAAGCUGGAGAACAAGAAGCUGGCCACGCAGCGCUACGUCCCGAGCACCGAGAAGAGCGAGAACCUGAGCAAGCUGGCGCUGGGGGCGAAGCUGGAGCGCGCGCUAGGCCGGAGAAUGGGCGGCCAGGAUGCGGUUAUGCGGAAG